AUGAUGCUUUCACGGUGCUUGUUUUUCGUGUCCCUUGUAUCAGUGGGCUGUCAUGCAACAGAUAUACGCAACAACUUGACAAAUAUCGCCUAUGAAUUGAUGACUGGUGUACCAGGUAACUGCUCGCUUAAUAAAGAAGCUGAGACGCAGAGUACAGCACAACAUUCGAAGACGAUAGCAAUGAAUCAUUCACGAGAAUUCUUGGGUGCAGAUACCAAUUCAACUGGUCAAACCUUGAGCAUUACUUGCUAUGUUAAUGGAGAUGGGGGACCGUGGAAUUGGACCUCGUUUCAGGAACAUACAAACUCAUUUGCUGAAAAACACAAUGGUUUUAAUAUUGACCUGACCAUAUUUUGUACUCAGGAUGGCAGUGUAUCAAUGAAGAGACCUCACGAAGCCAGACUGCUGCGGUCAGUAUCUAUACUCGGAUGUCUUAUUCAUUCAUAUAAUGUUAUGAAUCCAGACAUGGUCAUCAAACAGAACGACCUUAAAAUCUUGGAUUUGGAAAACUGUGUGUUGAUUGUAUCACUUCGUGAAAUUAUGGAGGAGAUCAAAAGGGAUCAUACAGCAGAGUGUUUCAUCAAUCCUCAACUCGUGUACUACCGUGAACAUAACUUAUCCUGUUAUGAAAGAUACGACACUAUACUUUCACAGGAUUAUCAAGAUGCUCUGACAGAAUACCGAAAAAGAAACUGUCGCUGCCCAGUGUUAGAAUAUCUAGAACUCUCUGGAAAUGUUUUCUUCGAAGACAAAAAUGAUGUGUAUAUCAAUUUGUUUUUUCCUAAACCGCACUCGCGGUCAUUGUUUCCGAAACUGAAGGUUCUCAUUUUGACAAGUAACAAUUUGAAGAAAGUUCCGCACCAUCUGUUUGCUGGUAAGUGGUGGACUCAAUUUGGCGCUCUGGAGAAAAUAGAUUUAUCUCGUAACCAGAUCAUGUCACUUCCGUUUAGAAACAAACAACCAAAUGGGACCAAUCCCAUAUUAUCCGUCAAUCUGAGUGACAAUGCUAUAACAUCCGUUACCCUGGAUGAUAUAAAAGACCUCUGUAAUUUUUGGCCCAAUUCUGUGACACUUGCCGACAAUCCUUUGGUAUGUAACUGUAGUGUGUCCAAUGUUGUAUCGUUUCUCAAAACGUCAGCGUAUGUUGAUCAUCAGUCGAAAUCUACAUAUGAAGAAAUUGGAGGCAGUAUAGAAUGUGCCUAUCCGGUUAAUCUGAGCGGAGUAGCGCUUCUAGAUCUUACAGACAACGCUGUAUGUGGUCGCGAAUCGGGCAAUAUCGUCCUUGAACAGAGGUCAUUAAUGAAGUAUAUCACAGUGAUAUGCGGACUGGUGAUCGGGCAGGCUUUGGUCAUAGUUGCAUUAGUUUGGUACAGAAAACGAUGCAAGCUUGUAUCCGUAGAAACAGUGUCAUACCGAUCGCCUGUCAAGAGUAUAGACAACAAGAUAUACGAUGCAUUCAUCUCCUACAGCUCACUGGACGAGACAUGGGUAAUGGAGCAACUAUACGUAUUCUUGGAAUCAAAUGAAUUCAAUGUCUGCCUUCAUCACAAGGAUUUUGUACCGGGCGCGUGUAUAUCCGAAAACAUCCUAAACAGCAUCGAUCAAAGUAGACACACCAUUUUGGUGCUGUCGCCAAACUUCCUGAGAAGUGAAUGGUGUUUAUUGGAAUUUCGCAAGGCUUUCCAGCAGACGCUAAUGGAAAAGACCGGCCAUUUGAUAGUCGUGGUCAAGGAGAGUGUGGAUCUUGUGUCUCUGGAAAACGAUAUGCAGCAUUACAUACAGACACAUACAUAUUUGUCACUCAGUGACCGUCAAUUCUGGAAAAAACUCAACCGAUCACUUUUAUGA